UGGGAUUCCAGCUGCCCGGCGCUUGAGUCCGGGGAGAGGCGGAGGCGGCAGAGCGCGCGGCUGGGGCUGCCCAGUUCUUCUGCCCAGAUAGACUGGUGGAAAAAUCUCGGCAGAAAUGGCCCUGUUGAAGUGCGGCUGGCUGUGGAGGCAGAGCUCCAUUCUGCGACGCUGGAAGAGAAGCUGGUUUGUCCUGUGGGUGGACGGCAGCCUCGUCUACUACCACGAUGACACGGGCCGCGACAUGGACGGCCGGAUCAACAUCAAGUUCAACUGCAGGGACGUCAGGACGGGGCGUGAGUGCCGUGACAUUCCGCCUCCGGAAGGGAAAACCCGCGAGUGCCUGAUGUGCAUUGUGCAAAGGGACGGAUCCAAAACCAUGCUCUGCGCCGAGAGCGAGGAUGAUGCCGUAGCUUGGAAGAUGGCGAUUCUGGAGGCAAAAAUGACUCAGGUUCACUUGUAUGACCCUUAUGACGACUAUUACCAGACGGUGCCCCUCGACUCCCACCAGGCGAUGUACGUCAGCUCUGAUUACUACGGCAACCAGUACGGAGCACCUGGAACGACCCACGUCAUCAUCCGCGAGGACCCGUACCGCGUGUCCGGAGACCAGAUGGCACUGGGCCUGCUGGCAGGAGCGGCCAGCGGCGCAGCUCUGGGUUCCAUCAUGUGGAUGCCUUGUUGGUUCUAAGAUUUGUUCUUCUGUGACAUCCACCGAAACCCAGCUGCUCAUCUCAGAAGCCUCCAUCUUUUCUCUGGUGGGGGUGCAAAGGGGACCUGCUCUGUAUCGUAGACCAGGGUGGGCGGAAGGUUGGUGGGUAUCUACUUGGAUAUCUCCGAGACAGCAACUGUUUCCGCCUCCUAAUUGUUUAACAAUAGUAACACCGAAAAAACGCUUCUCUCCACCCCACUGAAUCCGGCCGUUAGCAUCCCUGAUCAGUAGUAACACGGAUGCAGGCCAUUCCAGGGCGCGGUUCAUAGGAUGCAGUAGUAGCUCAUGAUCUCUGCCCACUGAGCCACCAUUUUGUAUCUGGCCCCGCCCACUCCCAAGCCGCCAUUUUGCCCUGCCUGGCUCCAAUGGGUGGAUCUUGGGUAAAAA